AUGACUGAAGGCCUCUUUAUUUCGUGCUCUGCUGUUCGUGUAAAACCCAAUCGCAGAGCGGGUCUCAGGCGGCGCUCGCCUGCGUUUCUACUCUCAGCCAAUCAGAAAACCCGACUCUUCGCAUUGGGGUCAAGCCCCCGCUGCGGCCCGCGUGCUGACGGGGAGGAAGCUUCCAGCUGUGCCUGGGUCUCUCGUGCGCCGAGGGCAGCCUGCGCCCGUGCUAAGCCCGCCUCCCGCGCGCCCGAGGGCCCGGGGUCCCGGAAGACGCGCGGGGGUGAGGCGGCCCUCGCGUCCGCCCGCCCCGCCACAGAUUGCCUCCGAAGUGGCCUGGCCGUGGAGCGCCGGCGAAAACCGAACUCCCGCCUGGCUCCCGGACUCGGGAGCCUGCCGGGGUCUCGCCCUCAGGACCCCCAGGGAGCGGCCGGGCGCCGCCUAUCACCCUGACCCACCGCCCCUUGAGAGCGCUUUCACUGCGCGUCUUUUUUCUCCUCUACCAAUCUGGAAAGGAAGUGAGUGUCAUUUCAAACAUUGAGAAACAUUAUUCAACACUGGUUACCCAAUGACUCAGCUCACUCCUUAACCGCAGGCUUCCACAUCCUGCUGUCCCUUAAAAUUGCCUUCACAAAGGGCAGCCAAGAGCCCAGCUUUGGAGAGAUACCCAGCUCCAACUACCCACUGGCAGGCAAUACGCAGGGCAGCUAGAUGGCAGAGAGACCUUGGACCUUCGGACCUUCAGGGAGCGGUUUUCCCUUCCGUGAUAUCUACCUUGCUACGUUCGUGAUUAUCUACCUUGCUACGUUAUUUUGAAGAUUAAGUGAGCUCUUACUUUACCGAGUAAAGUGCUUUGCUUAGCACACUGUCUGGAACUUAAAUGAGAAGUACUGACAAUAUAACCUACAAAAAUCCUAAACUAUUGCCUAACUGAGAAAAAGAGGGAGACAGGACAGCUAAGCAAAAGACGAGGAUAGAAAACACCCACAGCGGGAAAAACUGUAAAAUUAACUCAAUAGUAUUCUCUUUACUGUU